AUGUCUUUCAGACUCUGGGAUGUUCACUUGAGUGCCAAAACCAAUCAAACCACUCGACACAAGCUCUAUGUUGGGCCAGGUGUUUCGGGUCUCUCGUUGAGACUGCCGGGCGCGGCCGACGGCCGAGCCCGGCUGUUUUUUUUUCUCACAUGUUGGAGGCUUUUGCCUGUCUUAACUGCGCGACGAAGGCUUCGGCCAGAUUGGUCGGCAGGCGCUCUAGCGGGGCAAUGCAAUUGUGGUUUGAUUGACAGCAAGAAAUGGUCAAACACAGCGGAGCCUUUUGUCUUUCUCAUCGCUCUAGGACCUGGGUAUCAGCAGUUUUGGGGACGCUGCUUGCGCCUAGGGGCAUAUCCCUUGCCUUGCAAGCUCCAGCCAAAUGGCAGGAAGUGUUCCCCCACCCAAAUCACUCAGCACUCCCAUGUUCCAGUGUGGUCCUCAUCCUAA